CAGAACCCGGCGAACCGGCCCUGCGCGGGGAGUAGCCGCCGCCGCCUCCGGGGCCGAGGCUCCCAGGCCGGGCUGGACUGGAAUCUCCCGCCCCUCGCGGGAACCGCCGCCUACCGGAGCGUUGGGGAGGAGCCGCCGCCGCCUCUCCCGACUGCGGAAGAGUCCGGGCCUGAAAGGGAUGGGGAGCAGCCCACGGCGCUGAGAGAGCCGGGUCCCUGUCACCUCGGGCUGCAGGACCCCUCCUCUGGCGCCCGCAGGUUGUCUCGGCGCGCGGAGCCUGGUGGGGGCGGCGAGGAAGACUAAAGGGGUCCCUGGGCCGGGGGAUAUGGAACCGCGCGGGCCCGGCGCGGGACGUCCCGAGACGCGGCCGAGGCUGCGGCCACGAGCUGCCGGCAGCCCCAGAUAGACAGCCGGGACGAGCGGGCCCCGGCCCUACCGCGGCGGGAGAUCGAGGUCCCGAGACCCCCGUAGAGGAGCCGACACCCGUCCCUGUGCUGAUCCCGCCCCAGCCACGGAGGGAUUCCCGGGUCCCCUUCCCACGUCUCGCGGACUUCUCUUACUCUGAGCAAGUUUUCUCCGCGUACCUUCUGGAGGAUUUAUCACUGGCUCUGGGACUUGCUUUCUGGCUGACUUUAUCAGCUCGUUUUGGGCGAUCACUUGUUUUGCUCCAUCCCGCAUCCUUUGACCCCUUCCAAUCGGAUGUUCUAGAUGACUGAAUGGAGUUUUGAGUUGGACUUUUGUGUCCCUGACGGAGUUGGGCCUGAUCCCAGAGCACUGGGGGUGGGGUGGAGGAGUUACUGUAAAAUGCAAGUUGGAUAAAAGGAGGACCUCUCGCCAAGGGCCCCAAUGAGUGGCACACAGUCUACUAUCACCGACAGGUUUCCCCUCAAAAAACCUAUAAGGCAUGGAAGUAUUUUGAACCGAGAGUCACCAACAGAUAAGAAGCAGAAAGUCGAGCGCAUUGUAUCACAUGAUUUUGAUCCUGCAGAUAGCUCCUCCAAGAAGACAAAGUCUAGUUCAGAGGAGAGUAGAUCCGAGAUAUAUGGUCUUGUUCAGCGUUGUGUAAUAAUCCAGAAAGAUGACAAUGGAUUUGGGCUGACGGUCAGUGGAGACAAUCCAGUCUUCGUACAGUCUGUCAAAGAAGAUGGAGCAGCCAUGCGGGCUGGAGUACAGACAGGUGAUCGAAUCAUCAAGGUGAACGGGACUCUGGUGACUCAUUCAAACCAUUUGGAGGUGGUGAAGCUAAUCAAAUCUGGUUCCUAUGUAGCUCUCACUGUUCAGGGACGCCCACCUGGGUCGCCCCAGUUUCCACUUGCUGACUCUGAAGUAGAGCCAUCAGUCACUGGACAUAUGUCUCCCAUCAUGACAUCCCCUCAUUCACCUGGAGCAUCUGGGAAUAUGGAGAGAAUCACUAGUCCUGUGCUUAUGGGGGAGGAAAACAACGUGGUUCAUAACCAGAAAGUAGAAAUUCUGAGAAAAAUGUUACAAAAAGAACAAGAACGGCUACAGUUAUUACAGGAAGAUUACAACCGAACACCUGCCCAAAGAUUGCUAAAAGAGAUCCAAGAGGCCAAGAAACACAUUCCUCAGCUGCAAGAGCAGUUAUCCAAAGCCACAGGCUCUGCUCAGGAUGGAGCUGUAGUUAUACCCUCGAGGCCUUUAGGUGACACCCUAACGGUGAGUGAGGCAGAAGCAGAUGCUGGAGAUGGACUGGGCAGGACUGACAGUAGCAGUGGGGAUGCUUCUCGGCCCAGCAGUGACAAUGCUGAUAGUCCCAAGAGUGGCCUGAGAGAGAAGAUUUAUCUAGAGGAAAACCCAGAGAAAAGUGAAACCAUUCAGGACACUGACACUCAAUCACUCGUUGGAAGUCCUUCAACCCGUAUAGCACCUCAUAUUAUUGGAGCAGAGGAUGAUGAUUUCGGUAGUGAGCAUGAACAGAUCAAUGGGCAGUGCAGCUGUUUUCAGAGCAUUGAACUGCUAAAAUCUCGCCCGGCUCACUUGGCUGUUUUCUUACACCAUGUAGUUUCACAGUUUGACCCUGCAACCUUGCUCUGUUACCUCUAUUCAGACCUGUAUAAACAGACCAAUUCUAAGGAAACGCGUCGCAUCUUCCUGGAGUUUCAUCAAUUCUUCUUGGAUAGAUCUGCACACCUGAAAGUUUCUGUUCCUGAGGAAAUAUCUGUGGAUCUAGAAAAAAGACGACCUGAACUUAUUCCUGAGGAUCUACAUCGUCACUAUAUCCAAACUAUGCAAGAAAGAGUUCACCCAGAAGUUCAGAGGCACUUGGAAGAUUUUCGGCAGAAACGUAGUAUGGGACUGACCUUGGCUGAAAGCGAGCUGACUAAACUUGAUGCAGAACGAGACAAGGACCGGGUCACUUUGGAGAAGGAGCGUGCAUGUGCAGAACAGAUUGUUGCCAAAAUUGAAGAAGUAUUGAUGACAGCUCAGGCUGUAGAAGAAGAUAAAAGUUCCACCACGCAGUAUGUUAUUCUCAUGUACAUGAAGCAUUUGGGAGUAAAAGUGAAAGAACCUCGAAAUUUGGAGCACAAGCGAGGUCGGAUUGGAUUUCUUCCAAAAAUCAAGCAAAGUAUGAAAAAAGAUAGAGAGGGUGAAGAAAAAGGGAAGCGAAGAGGAUUCCCUAGCAUCCUGGGACCGCCACGGAGACCAAGCCGUCAUGACAACAGUGCAAUUGGCAGAGCCAUGGAACUACAGAAGGCACGCCACCCUAAGCACUUGUCUGCGCCCUCGUCUGUGAGUCCUGAGCCUCAGGAUUCUGCUAAGUUGCGCCAGAGUGGCUUAGCAAAUGAAGGAGCAGACACUGGAUACCUGCCUGCUAAUUCCAUGUCUUCUGUAGCUUUAGGGGCCACUCUUUCCCAGGAAGGAGGUAAAGAGAAUGAUACAGGAUCCAAGCAAGCUGGAGAAACACCAGCUUCUGGAGACUCCUUAGAUGGCACACCUCGUACUCCCAAUGCUGUCUUUGAAUUCCCACCUCCUUCGUUAGACCAAGUACAGGAGGAAGAAUAUGAAGUAGAGAGGGUGACUGAACAUGGGACACCAAAGCCCUUUCGAAAGUUUGACCCCAUAGCUUUUGGAGAAAGUCAAAGUGAGGAUGAACAAUUUGAAAAUGACUUAGAGACAGAUCCACCUAACUGGCAGCAGCUUGUUAGUCGGGAAGUGUUACUGGGACUAAAACCUAGUGAGAUCAAGAGACAGGAAGUGAUUAAUGAAUUGUUCUACACUGAAAGAGCUCAUGUUCGAACACUUAAGGUUCUUGAUCAAGUGUUCUAUCAGCGAGUGUCUAGAGAAGGAAUUCUGUCACCUUCAGAACUACGAAAGAUUUUUUCAAACUUGGAAGAUAUUCUUCAACUUCAUAUUGGGUUAAAUGAGCAGAUGAAGACUGUUCGAAAGAGAAAUGAGACCUCUGUUAUUGAUCAGAUUGGGGAAGAUUUGCUGACCUGGUUCAGCGGACCAGGAGAGGAGAAGUUGAAACACGCUGCUGCUACCUUCUGCAGUAACCAACCUUUUGCCCUGGAAAUGAUCAAGUCUCGUCAGAAAAAGGAUUCUCGAUUUCACACUUUUGUGCAAGAUGCUGAGAGUAACCCACUGUGUCGUCGUCUUCAGCUAAAAGAUAUCAUUCCUACCCAAAUGCAGAGGCUUACUAAGUACCCACUUCUACUGGAUAAUAUCGCCAAAUACACAGAAUGGCCAAUGGAAAGGGAGAAGGUGAAGAAAGCUGCAGAUCAUUGUCGACAAAUCUUAAAUUAUGUAAAUCAGGCUGUUAAAGAGGCAGAAAACAAACAGCGCUUAGAAGACUAUCAGCGCCGCCUUGAUACCUCCAAUCUGAAGCUGUCAGAAUACCCAAAUGUUGAAGAGCUCAGGAAUUUGGAUUUAACAAAAAGGAAAAUGAUUCAUGAAGGGCCAUUGGUUUGGAAGGUGAAUAGAGAUAAAACUAUUGAUCUAUACACUUUGCUCCUGGAAGACAUUCUUGUAUUGUUACAGAAACAGGAUGAUAGACUGGUAUUAAGGUGUCACAGUAAGAUUCUGGCAUCUACAGCUGAUAGCAAGCACACUUUUAGCCCGGUCAUUAAGUUGAAUACAGUGUUGGUUCGACAAGUAGCAACAGAUAACAAAGCUUUAUUCGUCAUUUCCAUGUCAGACAAUGGAGCCCAAAUUUAUGAACUGGUGGCACAGACAGUUUCUGAAAAGACUGUUUGGCAGGACCUAAUCUGUCGAAUGGCUGCAUCAGUGAAGGAGCAAUCCACAAAGCCAAUUCCGUUACCACAGUCACCACCUGGAGAAGCAGACAAUGACGAAGAAGAACCUUCAAAAUUGAAAGUAGAACAUCAUGGCAUUUCAGUCCCUGGUCUGCAGAGUCCAGAUAGAGAUUUGGGAUUAGAAUCUCACUUAAUAUCAAAACCUUCAUCUCAUUCACUGAGUACCUCUGGGAAGGUAAGCGAUCUCUUUGUGGCUGAGAGACAGUUUGCAAAGGAGCAGCAUGCAGAUGGAACGCUAAAGGAAGUUGGAAUAAAUUAUCAAAUUGCAAUCCCCGAUCCACACUUGUCUGUUUCAGAAGAACGGUGGGCAUUGGAUGCAUUAAGGAAUUUGGGUUUGUUGAAACAGUUGCUGAUUCAACAGCUAGGUUUGACUGAGAAGAGCACUCAGGAAGAUUGGCAACAUUUCCCAAGUUACAGGACAGCCUCUCAUGGGGUACAGGCAGACAGUGGACUCCAGAUCUCUGAAAAUCCUAAGGUCUAUCAUCCUGGUGAAGAACAGAUCCCCUUUAGAACUGGAACUGGUGACAUUGCAACUUAUGAUAGUCCACGGACCUCAACUGAAUCUUCUGCUCCACGGGAUUCAGUGGUACUGGCAUCCCAAGAUAGCCAGGCAAGUAACAUUUUAGUAAUGGACCACAUGAUUAUGACCCCAGAGCUGCCUACCACAGAACCAGAAGGGGGUCCUGAUGAGAGUGGAGAGCACUUUUUUGAUGCCCGUGAAGCACAUAGUGAUGAUAAUCCAUCAGAAGGUGAUGGAGCAGUUAAAAAGGAAGAGAAGGAUGUUAAUUUACGCAUCUCAGGAAACUAUUUGAUCCUUGAUGGCUAUGACACAGUGCAGGAGAGUUCCACAGAUGAAGAGGUUGCUUCCUCACUGACCCUGCAACCCAUGACAGGCCUCUCCUCUACGGACUCCAUCCACCAGCAACCACAUUCUCCCCCAAAUGCUCAUUCUGAUGGGGCAGUCUCACCAUUCACCCCAGAAUUCCUGAUCCAGCAGCGCUGGGGAGCUAUGGAGGAUUCCUGUUUUGAGAUCCAUAGUCCCUCCUCUUGUGCAGAUUCACAAAGCCAGAUCAUGGAGUACAUUCAUAAGAUAGAGGCUGACCUUGAACACUUAAAGAAGGUGGAGGAAAGUUACACCAUUCUUUGCCAAAGGCUGGCUGGAUCAGCCCUCACAGAUAAGCACUCAGAUAAAAGUUAGAGCCGUGUGUCCUGGAGGUGACUGCAGGUUGUUGGAUUUUGAGCAUCGGCCUUGUCUCAUCACAUCCUGGCUCCAGUGUGGAUGCAGAGAGAGUUCGUGACAGAGGAUCUGCCCGUGAACCACCUGGGGUUAGCCAUGUCCCAAGGUGCCCAGAGCGGGACUAAUUCUUCACAGUGUGGCAGCUGCACUAGUCUGUCAGUGAGGGAAUAUCCAUUCUCUCACUCUCCUCUCCUCACUAUUGAAAAUUCAUUUUGAUUCAGAACAAAAACCAAAUGUAUAGAGCUUUGGGUGUAGGAUAUAAAAUUGUACUUAGACAUAAGGAAAAGAGAAAAUCAGAUGUAUUUAUUUGACUUCAUUCCGUAUUUGAAAGCACAUUUUAAUUUUUAUUUUGCCUUGUUUUGUUCUAAUUGAGUAGUGAGAGUUUUAGCUCUUUGUAUUUAGUACACCCAAGGAUCAGUUGCUCCCGAAGCAAAGAGGUCAGGAUGGGGUAUUAGGAGGUGGGGUAGAGAGGUGUGGAGGAAGUGGGAAGAGGGAGGGAGGAGCGUCUUGUCUUCAUGAGACUCUACUCCAUCCCCUCAUCUGUCUGGCAGGCUGCUUUUUUGAGGGUGUGGCUCUUGGAGCUCAGGACUUGAGCUGUGUGCUGCCCAGUGGUCCAGAGUAGUUGGGCUUCCUCCCACCCUGAGGCAAGUGCCUCCUCUCUAGCUAGUGGGAUGGGAUCAACCCCCCACUAACAGGAACCUCAGUGCACUAACUAGCAGGCACUUGAAAAUGGGUGUGUUUUCUUCUGUCGUUGUCUUUUCUAUUGAGGGUUGGGGUUUGGGAGGGAGAGGAAAGCAAAUUUUAUUUUCUUGACUAUAAAUUUGUUAUUCUUUGGUAUUGUUUCAUUUUUUAUAAUUAUACAUUAGACAUUGGCACUUGUGAAAAACUGCCCCUGCAGACUGAGCAGGAAGUAAAAACAAAUAGAAAUGCUUCAGAUGGUGGCAGGAAGGGUGGGAUGGGAGUAGAGUUCAGGAAGGUUAUCUGACGAAUCACUACUGAGUCGAACCAUGGCUUCAUUGGCCACGGGUACUGCUGAUUAUAAGGCCAGUAAAAUUUUUAGUACCUGGAGGUUUGACUCUUAAUUUUUGCACUGAUGGUGCCAAAGGGCUCUGAGUCAAAAAGGGAGCCAAGGGUGGAGCGCGGAAAGAUGUGGUGGAGGGAGCAGAACUGCUCACGCCAUCUCCAGAAACACUUCCUCUGACUUCGCUCCUGUAGCUCUUUCCACACUGGGCCGUGAGUGACCUUAAAAAUUGCAGACCAGAACAUACACUGGACACUGUAGGCAAGGUGUUGGUAACUGCCUGCUCUAGAACAAUGAGUAGUAUGGGCAGCACCCUGCAGAGGAUAAAUGUUUCAGAAUUGUAACUUGAGAACUCCAGUUACAUUGGCUUUCUGUGGUUUUCUUUGUGCAUUAGGUAUAUAUGUUUUGGAAUAUUUUUGCCAACUAAAAUGAAAUCUGUAAAUUCUGUCAAUAAACAAGGAGUUCAUCCAUUGCUCACAUGUAGUGCCCUCUGAACUCUGUGGGUUGCCAGGAUGUUUUUUUCUUCCCUGCAGUCCAAUUAAAAAAAAGAUUUUUCUCACCCCAAAUGGUAAGGAUUCCCACCAACUUUUACAAACACCACUGCAACUUAACAAGCUUAUUUAUCUGUGUAAAGAUUCUUGUUUCAAAGAAUCAGUCCUUUCAAAACUGAUCUCUUUUUUUAGGUAGAUCAAGUUGGAUCUUUGGACCUCAUCUAUAAAUUGGAAUUAUAUUUUUAGUCAUAAACCAAGUAUUUAACUCAGAAUGAGAUUAAAAAUUUUAGAAGCAGAAACUGAUAUAUAAAUGAUGCUUGAAACUUGGAACUUCCAUAUGUCUUAGGAGGAACAAAUAAAAACCAAAUGGUUAUAUUGUGCUGCUAGAAAUAAUGUAGUCACUCCUAUCUAAAAGGGUUACACCUGUAGCCACUUGACACUAACGCCACCAGGUGACAAUUAAUCAGGAGAAAAGUAAACAUAAUAAAACUUGCACCAUAACUUCAGACACUACAGGGUAAUUACGUAAUUCUCUAGCACUCAAUUAAGAAACUUCUAGGUUAGCAAAGCUUCAGUUUCUUUUCUAGCUCAAAGAGUAUCUUGUCCUUAGUAAUUAUUUGCUUUUCUUUUCCUACCAUUUAAUGUCUCUUUAGAACUCUUAUAAGGUUAAUUGGAAAAAUACUUUGAACAUAGCUCUAGUACUUCCAAAUAAAUUCAUAUCUAGAUUUUCAAACAAAGCCCCAGGGUGAAGUCUAAUUCUGAAAAGAUUUCAAAUUUUUGAGUGUUCUUUUCUCUUACCAGUGUAACUUCUUCCCUUCUUCCUCCCAUCCUGGCUUCCCACACCUUUUAUUUCAUUUUAGCUGUUAUAAUCACAUCCAUUUGACCUUAGCAUUAUAUGUCUCUUUCAGAAUGAUUAAAUUCAUUACUAAUUUUUGUCUAUGAGUGAGACUGGUUGCCAUGAAAGUAUUUUUCUUUAAGUUCUGUGGCUAGAAGUGCAGUUGGAAUCUACUUCUGUGGGUAAAAGGGUAGUAUACAAAGCAACCUUCCCAGCGCAAGAAAUCUGUGUGUUUGCUGUUGAAGUGACCUGCUAUGACACUAAGCUCUCUUCUGGGCUUAAUGCCUCCUUUGCUGUCAAGUGGGAAAUUACAUUUGGAGUGUCUCCUUCCUUUUCAGAGAACAGAGUUAAUCAAGGCAAAUCAGCAAGCCCCCAGAGUGCUAUAAUUUAAAGUCAUUACUGCCUUAGAAGCCAUAUACUUUGCAUACUUUAAAAUCAGCUAACUUGGACUGCUUGUUGAGAUAUGUUGGUGUUUAGAACCUGAAUUUUAGCUAUUUAUUAUAUUGCAUGGGAGAUAUUUUUUAUAAGCUUUUUAGCUUUCUUUUCCCCAAAACAAUUUCUAAGGACGAUUAGUAAGGAUGAGUUCCCUUUUUAAGAGUUUCUUUAUUUGUUUUUUGGGGAGGAAAGGGAGGAGCUACUAUGAUGGCGGAGGAGAAAAGUCCACCUUUUUCUUAUUUUUAGAAGCUAAAGAAAAUAAUUGUACUUCCUGUAAAUUGUCUUUUAUGUGCACCUUGUCUUUGAUGCUAAAUUUGGUGUAUUUCAGUGAGGCUUCCGUAUUUUGAAAUUGAAGCUCUCUUCUCUGCAAUUGGUAUAUGAUGUUAUUUUGAACUACUAGAGCUUUAGGUCAGUAUUUCCUUUCCUGUAUGCCACAGAGGGCAACAUUGAGAACUGUGUGUAUAGGACUUCAAAAUACAAAACUAGUGGGACCUCACAGUCAGCUUCCUGCUGGCUAGUUUUUUGCCCCUGAUAAUUACAAAUUUUUGUUUUCUAAAUCAUGUUUUUUCUGAUGUUUUUAUCCCUUUCCAGCACCAUCUCUUAAGUUGUUCUUUCCUAAAGAAAAGAGUUCUUUUUGCCUGGUUCCCUAUUCCUUCCCCACCGCUACUGAGGGAUUUUGAUAAUAAAUUGGUAGGAAAAAAAAAAGUCCCUCCUAGAAGGAAGCCCUCCCUGCCAUUCCCAGGUGCCAACUGCUAAGCAGAUGUGCUGCAAAAAUGGUAACUGUCAUGUGCACACUGUUGGUUAUUUUUAAUAAGCCUCUUCUUACUAGAACAUUUUAUUUUCCUUGUUCACCAUACAAUCAUGUACUCUUUAACAGAAAUUGCUUUUAAAGAAAAAUCUGGAACUGUCUUUAAAAAACUUUAUUAAUAAUCAUGUAUUUUUACUGAUCACAUUUUGAAAUGCCUAAAAGACUUUAUUGUUCUAAUUAUCCAGAUGUACCUUUGUAAAAUAGCUCUUUUAUGAAUUAGCUGAUAAGGCUGUAUGUUUCUGGAACAAAAUAUUGGUCAUCUAAAAACUUUGUUUUCUGGGGUCUGGGAAAAUAGAAAAUAAGAGUUCAAAUAUUAAAUAAGCUUAAAGGAA